GCAGUUUCAUUAAAAAAGGAAGAAGAUGAAUUUGCUGAGUUUACAUCUACAUGAAAUGGAACGGAGUUAAUAAUAAUGACGAUAAACGAAGUUUACCGCAUGCUUUGUAUCAUGUUUUGUAUUUUUUGAGAGUUGCUUUUUAUGCUGACGUCAGCGUAGUUGAUUUUUAUACAUUAUUUUUAAUUUCAACAUCUUUAUCGACAAAAACCAAUCCGAAUGAGACUUAAUUUGCCAACUUACAUUUAUGUCUCUAAUGUUGCAUUCAUAUUAAUUUCUGUUCUGACACGCUGGUAAAAGCUCAUGAGAGCAGGGUGAAGGAGUUCUGAGAAGAUGCCUCUGGAGUGUCCGUUAGCACUACCUCCUCCUCCACCACCACCUGUUCCUGGUCCGCCUCCACCUCCACCUGCUCUUGCAGCUCCACCCUCUUUAACAGCAAAGAAGAAAUUGUACCAGACUAUAGCCAGCAGCAAGAGUCCUCUAGAGGGGGACCACACUGAGGCCUGUCUACUAGUCCGCCAGAGAGAGAGUCGAUUCAGGAAGGACCUGCAGUGGAUACUGGUGAACACAUAUGUGCCUUCUCUCAUCCAAGAUGGUCCACAAUGUGGUUUAGUGGCCUUGUGGAUGGCAACUCACCUCCUGCAGCUGCAGCAGGCCAUCAGCAUGGAGACCGUGGUUCAGACAGCAAUGAGACGGGGGUACACAGCUCAGGGAGAAAUGUUUUCAGCCUCCAACUUGGCCCUGCUAGCAGAAGAGGUUUGUGGCUGUAAGGCUGAACUGCUGUCCGGAGGUCUGAGUGGUUGUAACGGCGCCGCCAUCUUUAAGCACCUGUGGGCGGGGCAACCUGUUCUCAUCCCAUAUGAUAACGACUUAAACCACGAGCCGUGCCAACGAAGCGGGCAUAGAGCGCACUGGGCUGUUGCUUCCGGUGUACUUAUGGGUUUGGACCAGGGGAGCGUGAACACAGAGCACACCCACACCGAUCCCACUCUGCCCUGGCUCCACCUGGCCGCAGAAACCCCCGAUCCUUGUCCCAUCGACAGCACAACCGUCAAAGAGGUUUACAUCCUAGCCAAACAGGGUAAAAGUCUGCGCUAUCGCCUGUGGAGUCUGGACAGCAUCGCUCAGAGCAACCAGCAGCUGAAGGCGUUGGACCCUCAGAGAGUUGACGAUGGGACCCAUUACGUGGUUCCUGAAGGAGGGUUAGAAGCUGGACUGGCAGGGCAGGCGGUUCUUCUCCACAGGAAUACUCUAAACCAGCAAUAAGUAACAGGAUCAACACCGGUCAACAAAGUGCUUUAUGAAUUUUUAUGAUUCUCCAGAGAUUUUCCAGUUGCUCUGGCAAAAAAGUAAAAGAACCCACUCUGAGAAUGUCUUCAUCUUUAUUUUAUUGCAUUUCACAAAUAAAGAAGUGACCCAACAA